CUAUCUUAUCCGAAAACAAUCCCUACCACAAUCUCCACUCUUAACAAACAAAAAAAAAAAAAAAAAAAAAACAGAAAUAAUGGGCAGAACUUCGAACACCGGCGGCAGCGGCGGCCACGUCAUCCUGCUGCCGUACCCGGGCCAAGGCCACGUCAACCCGAUGAUCCACUUCGCCCGCCAGCUCGCCUCCCGAGGCCUCCGAGCCACCUUAGUCACCACCGUCUACCUCUCCAACGCCGCCAACCUCGGCCCCACCAUCGGCCGCUCCGUCCACCACGACGUCAUCUCCGACGGGUUCGACGACACCGGCCGCAACGCCGACGGCGGCCGCCCGCUGAACGACUACCUGGAACGGAUGCAAGAGGUAGGGUCCAAAACGCUGUCGGCGCUGAUAGACAAGUACAAAACGACGACGUACCCCGUGGACUGCGUCGUGUACGAGCCGUUUCUUCCCUGGCCCCUCGACGUGGCCAAAGAGCACGGCCUCUGUGCGGCGCCGUUUUUCACUCAGCCGUGCGCGGUGGAUUACGUCUAUUAUAAUAUCCGUCAGGGGUUGUUGAAGCUGCCGGUGAAUUCGUGGCCGGUUUCCAUCCCGGGGCUGCCGUUGCUUUACGCACGAGAUGUGCCGUCGUUUGCUAAUGAUCCGACGUCGGAUUACGUGGAUUUAUUGGGAAUGCUGGUGAAUCAGUUUUCUAAUACGGAGAAAGCGGAUUGCUUGCUUAUUAACACGUUCUACGAGCUGGAGAAAGAGGUAGUGGACAUUUUCUCAAGGGUUUAUCCGAUUCUCACCAUUGGGCCAACCGUUCCCUCCAAGUCCAACGACGAUGAUCAAGAGUAUGGGCUGGACCUCUUCCGCCACGACGCAUCCAUUUCCACCGAUUGGGUCGCAACCAAACCUCCACGCUCGGUCGUCUACGUGGCAUUCGGCAGCAUGGCCAAAUUCACCCACGCCCAAAUGGAAGAGCUUGCCUUGGGUCUCAAACAAACGAACUACUACUUCCUAUGGGUCAUUAGAGACGCCGAGCAAGCCAAGCUUCCACAAACGUUCCUCGAAAACUUGGGAGACAAGGCACUGGUGGUGAGUUGGGGGCCCCAAGUGAAGGUACUUGCAAGUGAAGCAGUGGGUUGCUUUGUAACGCACUCGGGAUGGAACUCGACCGUAGAGGCCUUGAGGUUCGGAGUGCCCAUGGUUGCGAUGCCGAUAUGGAGCGACCAGCCGAUGAAUGCGUUUUUGGUGGAGAAUGUUUGGAAGGUUGGGAAGAGGGUGAAGGCUGAUGAAGAAGGAGAAGGGAAUGAGGGGAUUGUGGGUAGGAAUGAGGUUGAGCGUUGCGUAAGGGAAGUAAUGGAAGGAGAAAGUGGGGAGGAGAUGAAGAGGAAUGCAAGGAAAUGGAGGGAUCUCGCUGUUGAAGCUGUUGGGGGAGGCGGUUCUUCGUUUAGGAAUAUUGAUGAGUUUGUAGCCAAGGUGAUGUGCUAUUCCAAUAAUAGGUGUCGAAGUGAUGUUUAGUUUUGAUCAUGUAAUUCCAUAGAUCGUUGGUCGAUGUUGCAAGAAAAAGUGGUCUUUAAUUAAUGACUAAAUGAUUUUAGCUAAAACGUGACCAAAGUGAUCAAUUAUUCUUUUGUGUUUACGUUUAUUUUUUGG